AUGCCAUUUGGUGAAAUCGUCGUCGGCGCUCCCGGUUCGGGCAAAUCCACAUACUGCUAUGGGAAGCACCAGCUGCUCACAGCGCUCUCCCGUCCCAUCUCCAUCGUCAAUCUCGACCCAGCGAACGACACGCUACCGUAUCCGUGUGCAAUAGACAUCUCAGAGCUUAUUACCCUAUCUGACGUCAUGGAAGCGCAUGGACUGGGCCCGAAUGGGGGAAUGCUCUACGCAAUGGAGUACCUUGAGGCGAAUUUUGACUGGUUGGAAGAGAAGCUCGCCGAGUUGGGAAAAGACGCAUACGUCUGUUUCGAUCUACCGGGACAGGUCGAACUAUCCACCAACCACGACUCAUUGAAGAGAAUUAUCCAGCGGCUGACAAAGAUAGGCUUCCGGCUAGCGGCAGUACAUCUAUGCGACGCGCACUACCUUACGGAUGCCUCAAAAUACAUAAGCGUUUUGCUACUGAGCCUGCGGGCCAUGUUGCAUCUCGAACUACCGCACGUCAACGUGCUCAGCAAGGUCGAUCUCAUCACGCAAUAUGGGGAACUCGACUUCAAUCUCGACUUCUACACCGAAGUGCAAGAUCUCUCUUAUUUGGAGAACGCGUUGAGCGCCGCGGCGCCUCGCUUUAAGGACCUGAAUAUGGCAAUCUGCGAGCUUAUUGAGGAAUCCGGUCUAGUCGGGUUUGAGACUUUGGCCGUGGAGGAUAAGCACUCGAUGCUGCAUCUGACACACGCUAUAGACCGCGCAUCUGGUUAUGUCUACGUCCCGCCGCCUGAUGCGAAACAGCCUGAGGGCACUGUCCCGCCAGCUACAUCCGAUGCUGCAGCACGGCCAAACGCGUAUGGUCUGAUCUCGAGCGCCGCAGGGAAGCUAGUCGGAACGCGGAGCGACGUGAGGGAUGUGCAGGAACGCUGGAUCGAUGCGCGCGAAGAGUGGGAUGAGUUCGAGCGCGAAGGGUGGAAGCGUGAGGGCGAGGCGGCGAGGAGAGCUGCCGACGCGGUUAUGAAGGAGAAGGAGGUUCAGGCCCAGGAUGCCAAGAUGAGCGCGAGUAGAAUCAGAGAGAGGAAGGCUGUCAAGAUGUCGUGA